GUGAUUGCUUAUGUGUAUAGAAAAAAGUUGUUCUCUUGUUCUCUUAGUCCAUACUUAACUCCUUAUCAUAUACCAUACCGUCACAGUAUUGAAUAGUGUAUCCAAGAUUAGAGAUUGGGGCUUACAAUGGAAUAAUUCAACCUUCUAUAUUAAAUGGUGUGUUCAAUUGUGGUGCUUGUAUGAAGUGAGUGAAUGUUCAUCAUGAACGAUUCGUUGCUUUCUGCAAACAAGACACAAAGAAUUAUCGACGACCCUGUAUUGCUACAAAUUGGGAAUGACAUUGCAGUGCAAGAUUACUUAAUUCCAAGUCUUAUUCUAACCGUUUUAAUGAUCAUUAUUGGCAUUCCUGGAAAUAUCCUUAUCAUUGCAGUUUACAUGAAGAGAUGGCGAAAAUCUACAAGCAGAAUAUUCAUCCUUGCUCUAGCUUUCAACGAUUUGUUUAAUUGCUUAUUCACAAUGCCAGUUGAAUUGUACUAUAUCCUAAACAUUCUUCAAACUGACGAUUCAAAUCUUUGCAAAACUUCUCGGUUCCUUACUUUUUGGACAAAUGAUGGGUCUUCAUUGAUAUUAAUGGGCAUUGCCUUUGAUAGAUUACAACGCAUUUGUAAACCUUUUAAGAUUCAACUGUCUAUAUCUACAGCAAAAAAGAUUGUUGCCGUUUCAAUGUUGGCGUCUUUAGCGGUAGCCUGGCCAUCUCUUUUGAUAUAUGGAACAGCAAAAGUACCUGUUACAGUUGGCGAAAAUAAAAUUUAUGCCAAAAUGUGUUUGUAUUCCGAUAACAUUCGUAUAGACCCAACAGUUUUUGUGUUUUUCAUAAUGACAGGGAACUCUGUGCUUGAUGUGUUUUUUCUUGUUGUUUACGGAAUAAUCUUGUAUCAUGUCAAAAAUGCUGGAAAAGAACUUAGGAAGAUGUCUAGAGCAAAUCUUUACUCAGACAGCGGAUGUCGUAAAAUGUCUCUGACAGACGGCAGUAACCAUAAUUGCUCUCAUAACGUGACAUCGGUAGAGAAGACCUCAAAUAAAGAAAUUCAAAAAACGUCCAAAGGAGAAAUUAAACCUUCCACUAACAGACGGUCUUCUCCAGAAGAACCACUGACCGCUGCCACGAAACGGAAACUUUUCUCCGAGGGUCGACAAAAUCACCUAAGCUACACAUGUUAUGGUGAAAGUCGCAGAACUAUUUUCUCAACCCAAGACAAUUACCGUAAGAGAAAAACAACAAUUAUGUUGUUUGCUGUGACACUUUUAUUCAUCAUAUCUUUUGUACCGUAUACGGUACUAAUGACCAUUCGAAACUUCGAUUCUGAAUUCUACAGUCGCCUAAGUGAUUCUGAAAAGACAGCUUAUCAUUUCUUUAUUCGCUCAUUUUUCCUAUCAAAUGCUCUGAAUCCCCUUAUUUACGGAUUCGUAAGUGAACACUUCCGAAGUGAGUGUAAGAGCGUCCUCAAAAACAUCAUGUGUUGUUAAGAGAUGAAUGUCACUGCCCGAUAAGUGUAGAUAAAGAGGGUACUGAGAACUUGUACGUGUGAGUCAAUUUAUUUGUUCUUUUCCCCACACUUAAGGACGAGAUAUUAUUUUGAAACAUAAUAUAAUGUUGUUAAUGAUGUGCACACACUAAGUGGUUUGAUAUGAUUAAUACUCAGAAAGUAGCAUAUAUCAUUUGCAGAAAGGCAUUUUGUUGAAAAUUUUCACACCCCCCCCCCCAACUCAAGUCAUUCCAGGGAUCCGUGCACAUGUCUUUUCAUUGUUUGUGAUUAGCUAGAUUUAUUUUUGAUAAAUGAUUUAUUCUUCAGUACAGUAUAGCUACUGUUCUAGAAAAAAAAAUUCAAAAUUUAAAACUUCUACUAUUGCAACCCUGUUUGUUUGAUUUAAGGACCCUCCUCUAUAUUCACUGCACACUAAAGAGUUCCAAUUUUCUUGUAUUUUAUGCACUUAGAGUGAUCUGCCCUUAGAUCUAAAAUCAAAUUAAUUGAAAUCUACAGCAUAAUACUCUAUCUUUAAUCAAUGUUUUCAUU